AUGGCGAACUGGGCCCUAUGCCUGGCCGUGGUGCUGGCAGCACUGGCAGGGGCAGUGGGUGAGAGCCGCUAUGAGAAGUUCCUGCGGCAGCACGUGGACCACUCCCAGACCCCCGCGCUCGCCGUCCACCGCUACUGCGAGACCAUGAUGGCGCGGCGACGGGUGACAGCCCCGGGUCGGCCCUGCAAGCCCACCAACACCUUCGUGCACGCCCCCGCCGAGGAGCUGGUGGCUGCCUGCGCCCAGGCGCCCGACCAGGCCGGGGUCCACAGCACCCCGACUCGUGCCCAGCAGCUCCAGCACCAUGGGCGUGUCACCUGCCUCAACGGGCUGCCCGUGCACCUCGCUGGCACCCAUGCGCCCCCCGAGGUCUCUCAGCCUCCCAUGUACCUCAUAACCCCCUGGGCCACCUCCCAGGGUGUAGAGCUCCUCUACCAUGGCACAACGUGGGUCUUCACGCAGCUCCUCAUUGCCUGCAUCCUGGUGGCUGUGGAGAGUGAGAGCUUCUCCAUGCUCCGUCCGCUCUGGACUUCCUACAGCAGCAUCCUUCCCCUCUCCUAUGGCAUCAUGGUGCUGCUGCUGCUCGCCAAGAAGCCAAAGCAGAAUUGA